UCUCUAACCAUUACGAACCUAGGUUUACCUUUGUCACAGCUUACAGCCACUCUGUCUCUCUGACCGUCCCCUUAUCAUCGUUCCCCCUUGCCGCCCGGUUGCUCGGUGCCGCCGUCGAUUCACAAACACGAAUCGACGUUUCCGUGCUCAGUGCCGCCGUUUCCGUGCAAGACGAAUCGUCGCUACCCCUUGCCGCCGUCGAUCCACAAACACGAACUCCGAUUGCUCGGUGCCGCCGUCGAUUCAGCUUAAAGGGGAGUUUAGUCUUUGAACCAUGUUGAAGCAUUUAUAUGACAAAUUGUGUGUUCAUGGGGGCCAUAAAAUUAGAUAUUGCUUGUAUGCACAAACAAGUGGCUUCCAAAGUGGACAGGAACUAUCUACCAGUUGGGAAGCUAGACAUCAAGUAAGUGGCUUGAUGAGGAUAACUAAGUUGACACGCUGGAGUUGGCUGCUGGCACAACAGGGUGGUGCCUUACCGCACUGCAGGCGAGCUCGCGGUAGCAUUCGUGGUGGUGCUUCAAGAUUCCAAUGUACUGCGUCCAAGAUCAGCCCUGUUUGGCACCAAGAAGCUUUUUUGGAGUAGAGGAUUAUCUGGACGAUGACAAUAGCCGGCCAUACACUUACCAGAAGGAGAAGAAGUCAAAAAAUCCGGACAAACAUAUUUCUUUCAAACAACGAACAAUAGCUUACAUGGAGCCAUUUACUCUUGAUGUUUUCAUCUCAAAACGCUUUGUUUCAGCUUCACUGACCCACAGGGUAACAAGCAAGCAGGUUGCAGUUGCCGGUACUAACUCCAAAGACAUCAAAGCUGCGCUCAAGUCUCGAGCAGACAUACCUGCAUGUUUGGCCAUAGGCCGGAUUUUGGCAGAUAGAGCACGCGAAGCUGAUGUCUACACGGCAUCUUAUACUCCGAGGGAGAGGGACAGGUUUGAAGGAAAGAUAAGAGCGGUUGUUCAGUCUCUCAUUGACAAUGGCAUCGAUGUCAAAGUCUAUCUGGAUUAACUUUUGUAAUCUUCUUCCCCCCUUUCCACAGCUUGGUUUAAGACAUUGUGUUACAUUUUAUUUAGGUUUUAUUAGAGCUGUGCAUCAUUUAGAGGCAACUUUUUUGGUCGUGUUUUGAUAUUAGCAUACACAAUAUUUAGGCACUAUAGAUGGACCUAAAUUUAUCAAAUUAAAAUUUCAAAAUCCUAAGUUCUCGGAUGCA